AUGGCGAGCUCGCACGGGUACCAGCAUCCCUUUGUGCUCCAGGGGCACAUCCCAGAUCCCAGGGGGAUUCAGGAGCUGGGCUGGCCGGCUCUGUGCCGGCACCCUGAAGGAGUGCUUCUGUACUGGGAGCUACUGGAGAGAACUGGAGUACGGAGUGUGCUCAUUUUGGGUUCUGUCAUCGUGUCCCAUCCACAUCCUAUAAACAUCCAGCUCACCCCCGGGAACCCCUCACGUGCUGUAACGAAGCUCUGCCGGAGCUCCCACGGGACCGUGACGACCGGGGGGGCGAGGGAAUUUCCAUGCAGGCGGCAGGAUUUCCAUGCGGAGGCUGGAUCCGGGUUUGGGUCUCACUGGGUGAUGAAGAGGAGCGGGAUGCACUGGUGGCUUGUCACCGUCCUGGGGGUGCUGAGCAGACCUGCCCAGGGGAGCUGCGGUGCCCCGGAGCCGGGGACAGCGGGAUGCCCACCCGGAGAGGAGCCCAGCGGGGAUCCAGCGGGGACGUGCCGAGCUUGUCCCCCCGGCACCUUCUCCCUGGGCAACGCGUCCUGCGCCGCUCACACCCAGUGCCGGGCCGGGAACAGGGUCCUGGUGGCAGCGGGGACCGCGGUGAGCGACAGCCGGUGCGGAGCCUGCCUGCCGGGGUUUCACAGCCCUGGAGGGGACAGGGAGCCCCGGGACCGGUGCCUGCCCUGUGCCGCCGCUCCCCGCAGCACCCCGGGGUGCCCAGGCCGGCGGCGAGCCCGCAGCCCCGAAAUGCUGGGCAGGGCACCGGGAACCAACGGGACGCGAGUCACCCUGCUGGGUGAGGAAGAGGAGGAGGCAGCAGCAGCACAGGCAGCCGUGCUGACCAUCGUCCCGGUCUUCUGUGCCAUGGGAUUGUUGGGAAUCCUGGUCUGCAACCUGCUGAAGAAGAAGGGUUAUCACUGCACUGCCAGCAAGGAGCCCCAGCCCAGCGGCACCGGUCCCAGCUCCAUCUACCAGCUGGAGGAUGCCAACGAGGACACCAUCGGGGUGCUGGUGCGGCUGAUCACCGAGAAGAAAGAAAAUGCAGCAGCACUGGAGGAGCUGCUGAAGGAGCAUCAGAGGCAACAGCUGAUGCCACCGAGCUGUGCCCCCCUCAAUAAGCUGCACCUCCUGCCUCAGUGUCCCCCUGCCUGCCACCACCAGCAGCACCUGCACACGGUGCAGGGACCGGCCCCGUGUGCCCGCUGCAGCCAGAAGUGGCCCGAGGUGCUGCCAUCGCUCAGUGCCACCAAAGUCCCCAAACCCGGAGUUCAUCCCAGCGAGGUGACCAUCUUCUCCAUUGGCAGGUUUCGGGUGUCCCGGAUCCCUGAGGUGAGGAGCGAGGCAGGGGCUGAGCCCCUCUGUGGUGCCCUCCCCGCCGGCAGCGGGAUGUGA